AUGGAAGUGUUGCUGUUCGAAGAGAGCACAGCCCCACAUGCAGAAAGCGUUCGCCAACGUCUCCCAGCUGGUUACACAGUCCUGUGCACGGAAGCGUUCGACGAUGUCUCAACGCCGACGAUUUUCUCCUUCUUGGUCAACCUAGCAAGGAAACAUUCAUUAUUGGGCAGCUGGCAGAGCACCGUGCUGUCUCACAAGGAGUUUUUCGAAAGCCUCAAAGUGGUCUCUUCGAGAUUGAAUCUCGAAAGCUAUGGCGAGUUCAAUGUGACGACUUCUAGCGUGAUCAAUUCACACAAGGCUUACUUUGCCGGGGAGGACGACUCGAAUGCCGCUGCCUAUCGGAAUUUCCUGAAGGAGUGCAAUGCUGUGGACCAGUUCGCCUUGCUGAAGCUUCUCAAAAACAAUCGGGGACUUCUUGAGGAUGAUCUCGGGAAAUCCUUCAGGGUCGAAGGGACGAUCAGGAGCGAAUGGCAAGUUUCGGCGAUAUCUUUCCUCGCGGGAAAAAAAUCCCUCCGAAGAGUUCAGACCGAGUUACCGAUGGAUGGAGCCGUUACCGAGAUCCUCUCGAGCCAGAUCAAGUACGAAGAUAUUGAGGGGUGUCACCGGAAGGAUGUGAAGUGUCCUAAGCAAUCGCAAUCGCUCGAGUAUACCCUCACGAUCCUGAAAUCUUUCCUGAACCUUUUGGUCAACACGCGCGAUGAAGUUUCGAUAGCGUGCGCCUUGGCGUGUCCCCUUGUCAAUUUGACCCAUGAAGGUUUCACGGUUGUCAAGCGCUCAGCAUCGCGAGAGAAGUCACCAAUCUAUCAGUUCGUGUUGUCGUACGUCAUGCGGAAGCGCUUAGGGGGUGCAGGCUAUGCUGCCCCUGAAGAUUGUCCCAUAUCCGCGUACAGCAAGGAGCUGUCGAAUUUCGUGGACGUGAUGGACAAGCUCCAGACCCUCAUCGAGGAUAACCCCAAGGUCACGGUUGCAAUUAACAAAAUCACGAACUCUGUCCUGAAUAAGCUCUCCAAGACCAUCGCAGGGAACUCGAUAAAAAUCUCAAUGAUCGAUAAAGCUCGAGGCAUCGUCGGAAGCCUUCUGGAGCGGAUUCGCGGCCAGAACAACCCAACGGAUCCCACGAUCAAUCCCGGAAUCGUCGGGAGGGACACGAUCGCGGUCGUUCGCAGUCUUGCCGAUGAGCUCGCAACCCUCGGUUAUCAUCAGAGUGUCAGCAAAAUAUUGUGCAGUCCGUUCUCGGCUGCAACGCCCAGCCGAACGCCAGUCGGCUCUCAGACGCUAUUCAAAUUAUUCCAGUCUCCCGUAGAGAGCAGAGACGACGACGACGACGAUGAACUGAGAGCUUUGACGGACAGGGUACCCCUUGCGCCCACACCACCGUCUAAGCCAGUACUUCCUUUCUCCGUCAAAUUCGAGCCCGAAGCUCCGAGACUGCAUCUCUUCGACGAGAAUGAGCGGAUAGAUUCAAGCUUCGAUGCCGCUGAGGCUCGCUCGACGCCGACGAGAAGGCCGAUUCGAGGUCUUUCGUCCCGUAGUACAAAUCAAGAUACACCUGUGAUAAAAAAUCUCACGAAGCGGAGAGAGGCGAAUGCGGAAGAGAAAACAUCAAAGAAACGCCUCAAGCUCGGUGCCAGUGCUCUCGAUCCGGAAAAUGUUCCUGCGGCGAGUAAGGCAGCGUCUAACCGAGGGAAAGUCAAACCAAAGAAGAAGAAGAUUGAACCUAGCUCUAAUCAACGAUCGCUCCAUUCUUUUUUCUCGAGAGUUUGAAGGAGCAGAUAUAUUGUGAUCAUAGGAAUGUAA